AUGGACUCUACAAUGUGUGAAUCGACCUUGGAGACGACCGGCUUCACGGACGGACCACCAACUUUGUUCCCGGCCGAGCUCGAAUCCCAGCUGGCGCAGAUGGAAAAACCGAAGCCGCAGCCCAAAGAAACCACAAUUUAUUACCAAUGGGACCAAGAUGAGAGCUUAUACCGCACGACCAUCCCAGUUGCACCUCAUAAAUUGACGCUGGCUCAUCUUAAAUGCGCUUUGAACAUGACCAAUAUCAAAUGUUUCAUGAUGAAGAUGGAUCCUAAUGUCAAACAGUGAGUUUUGGUUUUUAUAGAUGUUAUCUUUCAUAGAAAUUGUUUUUAUUCAGAAUUCGAUAUUUAUUUUGAUAAUUUUUUCAAAAAAUUAUAUUACACUUGAUGACCAAGUAUCUUAAGAUUGGCUAUGGUCAUGAUUUUCAUUUUAGUGAAGUGAAAAUGGAUAUCCAAGACGAUGACGAGAUCCUGGAGCCAAAUUCUGAGGGGAAUUAUAUAUUUUACUUCAUGAGUUUCGAUGAGAAUCAGCAGCCCGGAACGUUGCGAAAGAAGACGAAAAGGCCAGUUGUUCCAGCGGUAAGCUAACUUUUAUGCCUUUAGUAGUUAUUUGAGAGAUUAUUUAGUCAUUUUGUAACAGAAAUUUGCAAUUUUAAAAGAAAUUUUAUAUUAUCCUUGAUGAAAAUGACACUUUUUGAUCUAGCGAUCUAAAUUUUGAAAGCAAUUGAUGCUGAAUGUUGUUUUCAGAUCAAGCCAGUCAUGCAGCCACGCAAACCGCCUCCCCCAAUGCAUCGGCAACCCUCCACACGCCACCAUAAACCUCAAUAUCAGACGAAUGGAUUGCUCAGUGAAGAGUCCUCCUCCGAUGAUGAUUCCUGUAAUGUCACGUCAAUCUCGAAGCAAUCCGAACGUCGUCAUCGAACACGGAGGCCUCGGCAUCGGCGGGCAUGGAGUCCCAGCUUCCUGAGCACAACCAUGGAGACUGAUAUCAGCGUCAGUGUAAAUCUCUACAAUGUGACGCUGAACCCAACUCCGGAACUUCCAUUUGGCCUGAAUGUGUUGUUGAGGGAAAAUGGGAAGCAGGAGAUGCUGACUGUCGGAUCUUUGGUGCCUGGCGGAUGUGUGGCGUUGGAUGGAAGGAUUUUACCCGGUCAUAUUAUUGUUGAAGUAAAUAAGGAGCCGCUGGGCGAUUUGACUGGAACUCAGGCGUUGAAUGUGCUGAAGGAUGCGGUGGAGAGAGCUACGAGGAAUCGGGGGUAAGAUUUUUGCGGGUUUUGUGGAGAUUUUGGAAAUUUUUAUAUUGUAGUAGGUAAAAAAAGAAGAUUUUUCGAAAAUUAAUCUAAUGAGUUGUGUUUAAAUUGGUUUUACUGAAUAUCUGUGAUAUAAAGUAUGUUUUUAAGGGGUUUUUCUAAAUAUCAGAGGGGUUUUUUAUAUUGUAGUAGGCAAAAAAUUUUGAAAAUUACUCUAAUGUUUUGUGUUUAAAUUGGUUUUUACUGAAUGUCAAGGAUAGGUAAUAUGUUUUUCAGGGGUUUUUCUAAAUAUCAGAGGAUUUUUUUAUAUUAUAGUAGGUAAAGGAGGUCUUUUUUGUGGUUUUUCGAAAAUUAGGUUUGUUUUUGGAGAUGGAAAUCCCUUUUGAUUGAAUCUCCAGACAGAAGGGUAUAUUCUAUGAGGGUCUGCUUGAGAUUACAGAGAUUUUUUAUAUUGUCAUAAACUUAUAGAUGAUUUUAGGCAACAUUUUAAAAAAAAAUUUUUUUGAAUUUACACAUUUUUCAUUGCUAAUUAUUGAAUUUUCAGCCAAGUCCAGCUCACCGUCGCUCAUCCCAUGGACCACCACACCUAUUUCCAGCCGCCAGACCAGUCCAUUCACCCCAUCGACCCGGCCGAAUGGGUCCGCUCCACAGCCGAAGCGCUCGGCGUCCCCGACCACAAAUUCUACUCCAUGGAGUCGGCGAUGAACUUCCGCGCGCGCGCCACCGGCACCUGGCCCUCGUCCGGCGUGGGCAGCUCGAUCGUGAGCUCGGCGCCCGACCGCAAGUACACCAUGGACACGCCGCCCGCCGUCAUCGUCCAAGCCAUGACCGACCCCCGCCACGGGGUGCCGCGCAGCUCCGACAAUCAGCAUCUGCUCAACAUCAGCAACGGGUUCAUCGGAAUCCACAUUAUCAACUGGCUGUCGGACAAUGUGAUCGGCCUCGACGACUCGGAAACCUCGGCCCGGUAUGCCGAAAACUUGAUCAACAACAAGUUCUUGAUCCCCAUCACGCCUUCGAAAGCCUUUAGUCGACAAGGCUACUACACGGUGAACUGGGACAUAUUGCCGAGAAGUGAGCAUCUGAACACGUUGAGAAGGGGCGUCCUGCAAGAGCUGAAGCCCGCUCUGGAUGAUACGUUAUUACCCAAAAAGAACAAAGGCUGCUUCCCGUUCUGCAUGAAGAAGGAAAAGAGGCGAUAG